UGUGCGCAUGCGCAGGGAAGAAAGCGAGAAAACAUGGCGGCGUCCAGGGGCAGCUCUGUUUGGGAUGCACCCCGAGUGUACAAACACCAUGAGCAGCAAAAGGUCUGUCACACAAGACCGAAGUACAGGGAAGGAAGGAGACCAAAAGCCGUCAAGGUUUAUACCAUUAACUUGGAGUCUCGGUUUCUUCUGGUGCAAGGAGUGCCUGCUAUCGGUGUGAUGGCCGAGCUGGUGCAACUUUUUGCUCUUUACGGUGUGAUCGAGGAAUAUAGGAUUCUCGAUGAAUAUCCUGCUGAACAAUUCACCGAAGUUUAUCUCAUCAAGUUCCAGAAACUCACCAUGGCAAGGGCUGCUAAGCGGAACACUGACGAGAAAAGCUUUUAUGGGGGCAUUCUUCAUGUAUGUUAUGCUCCUGAAUAUGAGACUGUAGAAGAUAUAAGAAAGAAGCUACAAGACAGGAGGAGCUACGUGAAAAGAGCAUGUGUGAAAUCAGCUGUUCCAGAAACGGACUGUGAAAAGGAACCUGCAGGAUCAUCAGCACCAGCAUCUACUUCAUGGGGAGAUAGGAACAGUGCUCAAACUGAGACUUGUUUGGGGUUUCCACUCUUGCCCUUACCGCCACAUAAAAAAGCACCUCAGUACAGUUUAUCUUUAAGCGGAUUUAAAUCACAAAACAAAACGAGUGCACCUACAGAGGAUAAGAUGGGAUCUCUACAUCAUUUCAUCCCGGCUUCCCCAGAACUUUCCAAACAGACCUCAAAAUGCACAAUCUCAGCAUCUGCUGAAAAAGAAGAAAGAGACAGGACUAAAAAAUCCCAAAUUCCUCCAUCCACUGCACCAAGGUUUAUACCGAGGACAGCAAGUUUGGAGAAGAGGAAGAGAAAAAUGGAGGACAGGAUGGAUUUGCUGGACAAAAAUGCUCCUGUGUUUGGACCCAAACUUCCAGAAGAACAAAGAAUGGACAUGGAAGACAAUUCAUUAAACACCACGGCCAACAUAAUCAGACAAACAAUGGCAAAGGUCUCAUCAAUUUCCUCAGAGAUAAAGACCACCAGUACCACCACAGCAAAGCCAAGGAGAAGAAUUUAAUCCCAUUCUAAACAUCAUAACACAUACAGGAGCUGCAUUUGGCUUUGUUGUGGAUUUGAGUGAUUUAGGUUCUUGAUGUAUCCUGGAAUGCAUGUUGCUCAAAUGCCUGUAUGCUCUGCAAAACAAUAAUAAUAAUAAAUUACUUUUCAUAUAUUAAUUAUAUAAAAAAAAGGAUGGCAGAA